AUGAUCCCGCGUGGAUGGGUGGCAGCGCUGCUGGCAGCGCUGCUGGCAGCGCCGCUCGUGUGGGCAGGUGUGCCGGCCGUGGAGGAAGGGGCCGUGCGACAUGUGCAUGAUAACGAGCCGUGGCGCAUCCAGCCGUUUGACGCAGCGAAGGUCAACGACCGGUGGCAGCUCGACACGGCAGAGCGCAGCGCGUCCAGCACCCACUCGGCUGGAUGGAUCAACCCCCGUGAGCAUGGGGGAAGCAUGCUGGAUAUCGUUGGGAAUGGGUUCCGCGAGCCUAUCAAUGUCAUUAUAUCCGGCCGGUCGGACCCGAGCAUCAUGAGCGACCAGGGCCUGCUGGACUAUGUGCGCUCGAUUGGGUUCUCGUUCGAGUGUCUGCACCUGCAUCUCGGCGGUCUGCAGCAUGCGAACCUGGGCGACGGCCGUGGGUACACGCCGCAGCUGUUCGAGUACCGCAGCAUCCUGUUUCACGACUCCCCCGGCGCCUGGAUCGGCGCUUGCUGGGAGAGCCUCGCGGGCGGCAACCACUUCCGAGUGUGGCGCCAAAACGGCACACUGGCCGAUACAGGUGCCUGGUUCCUCGCGGUGUCCAAGGAAGAGGACGUCUUUCAGGAACACACGAUCUCCACGAACGGGUACGAUGUGGGCCGCAACUUGCUGGUGGACGCGGCGACCCGCGGUGGCUCUUUCAAAGGCAAGUCGUGGCGCGCCUCGGUCGAAUGGAAGACCGGCCUCCUUCCCUCUGGCAGCCAGGGCAUCAACCACAACAUUUCUCUGGACGGCCGCGUGGCGAUUCUCCAUGUUUAUCGCACUGACCUGUCGUAA